ACAUAUUCUUUUUCGUAUAUACUAGUAGUUUGUGAGGUCUAGCGUCGAUCUCUUCUAGUUUGCCCCAAAAUGCCUUUGUCUAAGCAGAUUCGCGAGUACCAGGUCGCGGGACGUAUGUACCCGUCGGAACGUUACCCCGUUCCUCACAUCUACAGAAUGCGUGUGUUCGCUCCCAAUGCCGUGCACGCUCGUAGUCGUUUCUGGUACUUCCUUGACAAGCUAAAGAAGGUCAAGAAGGUGCACGGUGAGGUUAUCUCAUGCAAUGAGAUCGCUGAGAAGAACGGACAGGUUGUCAAGAACUUCGGUGUUUGGCUUCGUUACGAUUCACGAACUGGUACCCACAACAUGUACAAGGAGUACCGUGAUACCUCCGUCACCGGAGCCGUUGCCCACUUGUACCAGGAUAUGGCCGCCAAGCAUCGUUGCCGUGGCGAGUCUCUGCAGAUCAUCAAGAUCGCAGCGAUCUCAGGAAAGAAGUGUCGCCGUGCUGAUGUCAAGCAGUUCCACGACAAGCACAUUCGCUUCCCUCUUCCCCACCGUAUCCACAGAGGUCCCAAGGAGUUCCGAAGCACUUUCCAGGCUUCUCGCCCUACCACUGUCAAGUGUUAAGUGUAUUUAAAAUCAAUAUACUAAAGUGUAUAUGUGCCUAUUUGUGUAAAGUACAAUACCUUGGGUAAAUUUCAGGAUGUUGGUGAUCAAAAUUCACUACACAGUAAGAGGGAUUGUUUCAAUGUUUGAGCAAUUUCUAGUGGUCAGAAACUUAUUAGUGUUGUUGUCUGUUUAUCAUAGGCAUAUGGAUAGUAGUAUUCAUAUUUAUGUUCAUAUACAUGUCCACGUACAAUCAUGCAUCAUUCAAUAUAUUUUUAAGCACAUAUGGAGUUACAAUUAUC